CAGGAUCUUGUUUCCUGCAGCACAUUUCAAAUCCCCCUGAACCCACUCUCCCCCCUCUCUUUAUCACCAAACAGCAACCAUGGCCUCCGCUUCUGGGGUAGGGUCGUAUUCGAACCCGUUGAAGAAAUUCAAAUUGGUAUUCCUAGGCGAACAAAGCGUGGGAAAAACCUCGUUGAUUACGCGCUUCAUGUACGACUCGUUCGACAACACAUAUCAGGCUACCAUUGGUAUCGACUUUUUGUCCAAGACGAUGUACCUGGAAGACCGAACUGUCCGCCUUCAACUCUGGGAUACCGCUGGCCAAGAACGAUUCCGCUCCUUGAUUCCCUCUUACAUCCGUGACUCUAGCGUGGCAGUCGUCGUAUACGAUAUUUCGAAUGCCAAGUCUUUCCAAAACACUCGGAAAUGGAUUGAUGAUGUGCGCGGGGAGCGUGGGAACGACGUGAUCAUUGUGCUGGUCGGAAACAAGACUGAUUUGAAUGACAAGCGGGAAGUCACCACCGCUCAAGGCGAGGAGGAGGCUAAGAAGAACGGCCUGAUGUUUAUCGAGACCAGUGCGAAGGUUGGCCACAACGUGAAGCAAUUGUUCCGAAGAAUCGCCCAAGCUCUGCCAGGAAUGGAGGGUGAGGCCAAGCAGGGAGAAAGCACAAUGAUCGAUGUCAACAUUCAUCCUAAGGAGACCACCACUAACGAUGGAUGCGCCUGCUAAUCGUCCUCUAACCUCAUUAACACACCUCUUGACCGAUGAGGAGAAUCGAGUCUGUCCAUGAUGUUGCGCCAUUUAUUUUAAGAUGUACAUGUUUCCACUUUUCUGAUUGCUCGGGUGAAUAGCGUGCGUUUCGGACUUUCAGUCGAAAGCGGUUUCUUUUUUCUUUGUGCGCUCACAGCCAGCUGAGCGUUAUGACCCCCGCUCUCUUUCUCUCACUCUCUGCAUUAUAUCUUGUUUUCCUAGUCGCAGUGGAGUUGUGGACUCACUGGUGGAAGGCGUCUCUUUUUCCAACAUGGCCCCAUAAGCUCAACAUGUCAGAUAUCCUAUAAUCGAUGAAGCUGUACAAUAUGGGUACUUUUCUU